AUGGCUAAGAUCUCCGUCAAGGAAUGGGAUAUGGUUAAGACACUCAACGAGUUCAGGAUCCAAGUGGAAUCUCGAGAUACGAAAGCAUAUCUUAGUGCUCAGAAGGUGAUGCCUAAGUUGAUGAAUGAGGUCACGGAGUCCCAGAAACACAAUCAAGAGGUAGCUUACAUCAAGGGACGUCUAGAAUCAGGAGAGCCCAUGCCCGAUUGGGUAAUUCACCCCGAUGGGAGUUUAAGAUACCAAGGUAGAUUGUUUGUACCAAGUGACGAGUUACUUAGAGGAAAGGUACUGAAGGAAUGUCAUCAUUCUGUAUUUGUGGUAUAUCCAGGAAGGACCAAAAUGUACCAAGAUUUGAAGAGGCAGUAUUGGGGGAAUGAAAUGAAGAAGGAAGUGGCUAGGUUUGUAGCGAAAUGUCUGACAUGCCAACAAGUGAAGGCGGAACAUCAGAAACCAGGGGGAAUAUUGUAA